AUGUCUACCAAAGCACCAAAUUGCAAUUGUGAUGAAACCUGUAACUGUGGAAGUAUGUCUGCGGAAACAUGUACUUGCCCUAAAGACCACACUAAAGAUACUAAAGGUAAAACUCCCACCACGAAAGAUGAAACAAAGACGUGUGUUCUUGCACUUGCGCUGAAGGAAAAUGCGGUUGUGCUGUGA